GGCGUCAUUCCUCGCUAAGGACUGCUUCCGUAACAACAUACCGAAAGCUGAAAUUCCCAACUCUACUGAUUGGAUAAAUUACGUAAUCAUUGGAGCCGUUGGGUGCCUUGUAAUCAUUCUACGAAACAGUGUUUGCAGAAAAUUUCCAUGUUCAGGUAAAGAAAACAUGACACAUAAAGGCACAAGCCACAGCAAUGUUGACUAGUAUUUCAAAUGAUCAUAGUACAAUUUACUGCCUUUUACCUUUCAUAAAAAUAUACUCAAAAUUUCUCUCAUUUUUGCAGAACGUUUGAAAAAUAUACCAGCAAAAUAUUUUGAAAAACAAGAAACUACAGAGGUAUGUUUCACCUGUCUUGAUUGUAAAGCUGCAUUCUAACAUGUGGGACUCCAGACUCCUAUUUCCAUCAAAGUGUUCUUUCUCUAUACUUUUUGGAUAUUUCUUGUGUUGCUGUUUUAGGUCGCAAGUCCCAGUGCGGCCAUGGGAAUGAAACCCUUAGUGACACUCAGCACCAAUCAGACAAGAAAACGAAACCUUGGCUCAGCGGCGUCGACGGCGUCCGGCAUGAGUAACGGCCCCGAGCAGACACUGUCCCCGAUGCGCCUGGUUGUCCUCGGCUGGCGCUGGCCCGGCAAGAGCUUGACGGCCAACACCAUCUUGGGCCAUGAGGAGUUCCGGCUGGAGCGCGGCGCCGAAUUUAGCGUGACGCGGCACACGGUGGUGGCGGGGCGCCGAGUGACCGUGGUGGACACGCCCGGCUGGUACUCGUCACAGGACACACCCCUCUUGUACAAGAUGGAGAUUGCCCGUGGCGCCACCUUGUGUCCCCCAGGCCCGCAUGCCUUCCUGCUAGUAAUCCCUGUGGGCAUGUUCACAGUGAUGGACCGCAUCCGCAUCGAGGAGCACGUGGGUCUGUUCGGGGAGCGAGUGUGGCGGCAUGUCCUGGUGGUGUUCACCUGGGCAGAUGUGCUGCGGAACAUAUCGCUUGAGCGUUACAUCCAUCGCGAGGGCGCAGAGCUGCAAUGCGUGCUGGACAAGUGCCGGUGGCGCUACAUACUGGUCAAAAACUGCGUUUUGGAGGACCAAAAGCAAGUGGUUGACUUGAUGGAGUGCGUGGACCAGAUGGUGGCUGAGGAAGGGGGCCACUAUCUGCUCAAGGAGGACUCCUGGGUGCUGCAUGAGAACCAGAACCCGACUGGGACGGUUGGUAUUCACACCUGA